AUGGCUUUGGACCCCUCGCAGCGGAUGUUCGAGCACUUGAAGAAUGGGGACCUGGAAGCUGUGCGCCGAGCUGCCAAUGGAUUCGACUUUCGGAAGGUCGGAGAAUUUGGCACUCCACUCAUGGCCAUCCUCGCAGUUGAUAUCUGGAUACCCGAUGAGAUGGACGAGGUGGGCUUCCAGUUGCGGGUCCAGGCUGCGGAGUUUUGCCUGGCAAGAGGUGCUGACCCCCUGCAGCACGUGCCCGCUAACUGCCCCUACAUGGUCACUUUUGGUGAGCGGCAGCUGCCUUUUGCCUGUAACUCCGCUCGCUCCUUGGUGAGCAACUUCCAGUCCCUUUGGCAGAGCAUGGUUCCUCACAUCCUCUACGGGGCAGAGUCUGAGGAGGAUGCGCAGCUCCUCAUCCAGGAAAUGACAACCACAGGUGACCGGCUAAGAGCCUUCGAUCAGCUCUUUACCAUUCCUUCCCCGGCCGCGAAGCCACGGCUACCCUUCACUACGCAAGGGCAAAUGGCCACAUUUAUGCAAAUGUGGGGCGAGAUCCUACAUGAUGACCUCUCAGCUGAUGUUGAAAUCGUUGCCGCGGAAGACGCAAUGGAUGAUCUCUCGCCAAGAGCCGGACAGCUGCUUGCGCGUGCUCACGCGUUUGUGCUCAGCAAGGCCUCGCCACUGUUCGCCCGGCAACUUCAGGAGCAGCAGAUGCACUUGGACUGUAGUUGA